CCUCGAGCAAUUUUCCUGUGGUUCCCGGACGUUCCGUUGGUCCACUCGUGCUUGGAUCACCAAUUGGGGAUGUCAUCGAUGUCAUUACGGAUAUGAACUUGCAGCAUGUGGAAUGCAAGUAUGGGGAUUUGGAACCAUUCGCGGCAGAUAUAGUAAUCAACCUAUCCGAAAAUGGCAUAUGUCUGAGAUUUGAUCCUGUCACGCAGUUACUUCGAUUGAUCGAGCUCUAUGACUUCUCCAAAUACGUGCUUGCAUAUAGUGAUGUGGAGUUCAACUCCCUUCACAACCUCCCGACUUUCGUCACGAUCUAUAAACUCUUCGGCCCCAUCUAUCCGGGCCAAUUUGAUCCGAGGCUGGAGCAGUACACCCUCACGUACCCAGGGAUAUCUUUCCUGUUUCCAGUACCAGCAAAGUAUAUCUCACAGGAUUCCAUACCUGAUCUCCCACUAUCGUUUCCUGAUGGGACCACACCCGUCUUGAAUCGGUUCUACGUAUUCACCGGAGCUGAUAAAUGGAGGGACGCCGUGGCCCCGCUGCCGAAAUCGGACGUUGGGGAGGUCAUUGCUGAGAUCGGUAAUGGCAUACACAUGCCGAAUCGCCGUCGCGGGGAACGGUUAUCGAUAGGUUUCGGGAUGCCGGCACAAGAUGUGCUUGAUGUUUUGGGGAAGGCCGAAGGGAUGCGGGUGAAGAAUGAUGAACAGAUCAAGAUCUUUGGGGCGGAUGAAGCUGCGGAGGAAGAGGAGAGGGGUGAUUACUUUUGGUCGUACUUUUCCGUUGGCGUCGACAUUCUGUUUUCAGCUGCAACACAUUGCGUCAAGAAGAUCGUUCUGCACACCAACCCAGUUGGGUCGUGGGACUUUACACAGUACAGAAAGUGCCGGUUUCAGAUCAAGCCGACCGAAGGUCGAACGCAACCUAUCACUUCCGAAUCGAUGUGGCCAGAUAUCCAGCGCGCACUUCAUCCAACUCCCGCACCACGACCUGUUGUGCAUAACAAGGGAGGACAUCAAAAUCCGUUCGGGGCGACGUGCUUUUACGGGUAUUAUGGUGUGGUGUUUGAGGUUGUGAACAAGACAGGGCAGUUGGCAUCGUUGACCCUGUUUGAAAUAUGAGACUGCAGAGUGCGGUUUUUGGCGCCGGGGAGAGAGCAGAUGCAUAUGAGACCUGUAUGGCGUAAUCAAAGUGAAACGGAGUAGUUUGUUUCUGCGAGAAUUGGAAGUUCACGGUAAUCUUUCAGAUGUCUUUCUAUAUGCUACAUAGAACGAAAGUCAGGGGAUGAGACCUUUGACAGAUGACAAAAAAAGGACGAGCUCCGAACAUCUAUCCGUCGUGACUGAUGAAGUCCAUGAUUGACCGCGAGGAAUGCUUAGCGAUUUGGCA